GGAGGGACGUAAAUCCAUGAAGCCCCCUUCCCCUUUGAUCCUGCCCCUCUUCCGGGCACCUCCGGCCCGGCGCGGACGCGAAGGCGGCCCUAUUAGGAGAAAUACGGCGCGGGGCUGGGCCGCUUCCCGCAGUCCAGGAGCCCGGCUGCGCUGUGGCAGCUGCGACCGCGUCCCCGCGCCCAGACCCCGCGUGUCCGCAUCCGUGUCUGCGUCCGUGUCCGCGUCCGUGUCCGUGGGGCCGCCUAGUCUCGGGCCAACACCACCCCCUUCGGGCAGACGCCGCCGAGCCCCGCCCGCCGCCCCCAUGAAGAAAACCAACAUGUGGUUCUUGGAGCGGCUGCGGGUGUCGGGGGAGAACGGGGCCGCGGGGGGCGAUGACAAGUCCAAAGGACCCCUGUACAGCAACGUGCUCACCCCGGACAAGAUCCCCGACUUCUUCAUCCCCCCGAAGCUGCCCGUGGCGCCGCCCGAGAGCGAAGCUCCGGCCGCUGCGGAGCUGGGCCCGUCGGAGCAGCCCCCCGCGGCCGCGCCCGCCUCGCCCCGCCGGGCCCCGCGCAGCCCGCGGCUGCCCGCCAAGCUGGCGGCCGAGAGCAAGAACCUGCUGCGGGCGGCCACGCGGCAUGUGAUCCAGAUCGAGAGCGCCGAGGACUGGGCGGCCGACGACAGCCCUGACGCCGACGCGUCCCUGCCCCCCGUGCCCAAGGCGCAGACGUCCUACGGCUUCGCCACGCUGGCCGAGAGCCCGCACACCCGGCGCAAGGAGUCGCUGUUCCACAGCGAGCACGGGGCGCUGGCCCAGGUGGGCUCCCCGGGCGCCGCGCGCCGCCGCGGGGCCGCCAGACCCGACGGCGGGGACGCGUCCCCCCGGGAGAGCGGCGGCACCCUCAUGAGCCCCGGCCGCUACUUCAGCGGCGGCGAGAGCGACACGGGCUCGUCGGCCGAGUCCUCCCCGUUCGGCUCCCCGCUGCUCUCGCGCUCCGUGUCCCUGCUCAAAGGUUUCGCGCAGGACAGCCAGGCCAAGGUGCACCAGCUGAAGCAGUCGGUGGGCCGCCACGGCUCGCUCUCGGCCGACGACAGCACGCCGGACACCAGCCCCGGCACGCGCCGCCGCCGCCGCCUGGCCCGCCGGCCCAGCCCCGAGUCCGGCCCUGAGCAGGGCCCCGCGCCCCGGGCCGAGCACGCCGUGCGCCUGGGCCAGCGCGGUAGCGUGCGGCUGCUGGCCGAGUACGAAGCGGCCCAGGCCCGCCUGCGCGUGCGGCUGCUGGCUGCCGAGGGCUUGUACGACCGGCUGUGCGACGCCCGCACCAUCAACUGCUGCGUGGGGCUGUGCCUGGUGCCCGGCAAGCUGCAGAAGCAGCGCAGCACCAUCAUCAAGAACAGCCGCCACCCCGUUUUCAACGAGGAUUUCUUCUUCGACGGCUUGGGGCCGGCCUGCGUGCGCAAGCUGGCGCUGCGCAUCAAGGUGGUGAACAAGGGCAGCAGCCUCAAGCGGGACACGCUGCUGGGGGAGAAGGAGCUGCCCCUCACCUCCCUGCUCCCCUUCUUGUAGAACGUCCCCCUACCCCCACCACCUGCCUCCCAUCCCCGCCCGCCACGGUGCAGAUUCCUGGGGCCUAGAAACAGGAAGUAGAGGCCUGGAGGCGGGGGUAGAGGCGUGGCCCGGUGUUCUGGGCGUGGCCUGGAGGUCUGGAGGUGGGGCAUGGGGGCGGGUCUGGUGGUAUAUGGGUGGGGCCCAGGGGCAUGAGGUGAAGGCCUAUUGGCUUAGUGGUGGGGGUGAAGACUGGCGCCAGGAGGCGGAGCCUAGAGUCUCAGAGGCGGGGCCUAUAGAAACAGGCGGAGUCUAGCGAAACAGGCGGAGCCUAGUGAAACAGAGGCGGGGCCUAGAGCCGCGGAGUCUGCAAAAACCCAGGCUGGCUUAGCCUGAGCCAGCUUCCCUGAUUGGCUGCUGACCGCCUCUCUUGUUCCCAGAUGAAUCUUUUGACAGGCGGAAGAGAGGGGCUGGUGCAUUCACGUGGAUAAGAGUCUGUGUUCCACCUUUGUUCCCAGAAAGUUCCAUGCCCCUCAUCCCUUCCACCUAGAGCUGGCUGGGUACCCCAAUUUAGGAAACAAGUCAGAGGUAUACAGACCAAGGGUCCCAGGCCCCUCGGAAUCUCUCCUGCUUCAGAAACGUUCCCCAGCAGACCCCGCUGGAAGCCCCUCUCUCUGCACCCCGGGUACGCCCCACCCAACCACCAGGGGUAGGACAGAGCACUCACGUCUGAGAAUCACCGAUCUCCCACGGUGCCCUGUUAGGCUGGAAGCAAGUCAGGGCCAGAAGAAGCACUCCAAGGGUGGGAGCUUUGCUUGCAGGAGCCCAGGAUCCUCCCCACAGGGUCCCCUGAGCUCCGGAAGCUGGGCAUAGCCCCCAAACCCCACCAUGAUCUCUCUCCAGGCCUCUUCCUCAGGGCCUUCUCUGCCUGCUUUUUUUUUUUUUUUGGGGGGGAGCUUCCUGCAACCUCCAUGGUGGCCCCGGAGCCUGGAGCCAUCAGUUCCUGUUUCUUUCCCAGGGCUGCAGAGGGACCCCCAGGGCCUGUAUGUAGACUUGCCGUGAGCAUGGAGGGGGUCCCAAUGGCGUCGGGUCCUUGGAUUGGUCUCUGGUGGUUUUUCCGAUGAAAUGUCUGGACCAGGGGCCCAGCCGCCGCCAGCCAGGCUUGGCCUGUCUCUUCUGCAGCUGCCUGCUGGGUUCUGGGGACCCGGGGACCCUGCGGGCUGUUCCCUCCCCAGACUCUGUCCCUCCCAACCUGAACUCACAGCCCCACGGUGGUGGUGGUGGGUGACGGAGAUUCCCCCCAAGACUCGGGGAAAGUAUGAGUCCCCCCAGGCGUGUGAGGUAACCAGUGUUCCCUUGACACACGUGUACACACGGAGAUGCCGGGAACCCACCCCCUCCUGCCUCCAUCCUGGACCUGUCCCUUGUGCUCCUCUCCUCUGGGGAUCAUUGUUCCUCUUCGCGCUACAUCCUGGGAAUCCCCCUCUCCCCGGACCUGGGGGGGUGGGGAAAGGGGGAGGCUUGGAGGUGAAUGUUUAGGGGGCUUUGCCAGUCCCUCCUCUUGUCUGCCACCCCAGCUUCCCCCCCAACCCUGGCCAGAGGUCCCCCACACUUUAGAACCCUGCUCUGUUUGGUAUCUGUGUUUGGAGUUGACUGUGGGUAAACCUUUAUGACACCCUUCCCUGCUCCUUACCCCAACUGUAUUUGUUUAUAACCGCUGUUUUUAGUGCAAUAAAGGUGCUUCCACAGACGGGG